GCGCGCGAAGACUACGGAGGUCGACUCGGGAGCGCGCACGCAACUCCGCCUCGCGUCCGGCCCGCGAAUCCCGCGGCGUCCAGCCCGGGUGGUCUGGGCCGCGGAGGGAAUGCCCCGGAGGGCGGAGAACUGGGACGAGGCCGAGGCAGGCGCGGAGGAGGCAGGCGCCGAAGAGUACGGCCCUGAAGAGGACGGCCGGGAGGAGUCGGGCUCCGAGGAGUCCGGCCCGGAAGAGUCCGGUCCGGAGGAACUGGGCGCCGAGGAGGAGAUGGAGGCAGGGCGGCCGCUGCCCGUGCUGCGCUCGGUGAACUCGCGCGAGCCCUCCCAGGUCAUCUUCUGCAACCGCAGCCCGCGCGUCGUGCUGCCUCUAUGGCUCAACUUCGACGGCGAGCCGCAGCCCUACCCAACGCUGCCGCCUGGCACGGGCCGCCGCAUCCACAGCUACCGAGGUCACCUUUGGCUCUUCAGAGAUGCAGGGACACACGAUGGGCUUCUGGUUAACCAAACUGAAUUAUUUGUGCCAUCUCUCAAUGUUGACGGACAGCCUAUUUUUGCCAAUAUCACACUGCCAGUGUAUACUCUGAAAGAACGAUGCCUCCAGGUUGUCCGGAGCCUAGUCAAGCCUGAGAAUUACAGGAGACUGGACAUUGUCAGGUCGCUCUACGAAGAUCUGGAAGACCACCCAAAUGUGCAGAAAGACCUGGAGCGGCUGACGCAGGAGCACAUUGCAAAUCAACGGAUGGGAGAUUGAAGAUUUCUGUUGAAACGUACACUCUUUCAUCUCAGCUUUUGAUGGUACUGAUGAGUCUUGAUCUACAUACAGGACUGGUUCCUUACUCAGUUUCAAAGUGUCUCAUUCUCAGAGUAAAAUAGGCACCAUUGCUUAAAAGAAGGUUAACUAACUUAACUAGGCAUUGUGAUGUUUAGGGGCAAACAUCACAAAAUGUAAUUUAAUGCCUGCCUAUUAGAGAAGUAUUUAUCAGGAGAGGGUGGUGGCAUUUUUGCCUCCUAGUAAGUCAGGACAGCUUGUGUGUAAGGAGGUUUGUAUAAGUAAUUCAGUGGGAAUUGCAGCAUAUCGUUUAAUUUUAAGAAGGCAGUGGCAUCUGCUUUUAAUGGAUGUAUAAUACAUCCAUUCUACAUCCAUAAUGGUUGGUGACUUGUCUCCCUCCUGUUUUGGGAAGACUGAGGCAUCCUUGAGGCAGGGACAAGUCUUUGUCCUCUUUGAGACCCCAGUGCCUGCACAUCAUGAGCCUUCAGUCAGGGUUUGUCAGAGGAACAAACCAGGGGACGCUUUGUUAGAAAGUGCUUAGAGGUUCUGCCUCUAUUUUUGUUGGGGGGUGGGAGAGGGGACCUUAAAAUGUAUACAGUGAACAAAUGUCUUAAAGGGAAUCAUUUUUAUAGGAAGCACUUUUUAAAUUUUCUAAGUUGUGCACUUUUCUUGGUCCACUCUUGUUGAAGUGCUGUUUUAUUACUAUUUCUAAACUAGAAUUGGCUUUCUAUAGUUGUGAUAAUAGCAUUUUUGUAACUUGACAGCUGUACAGAAAAUAGGAGAAAAUCUGCAUGUUUGAUUCUAGUAUUAAUGGGCAAAUAAGUUUUUGCUAAAUGUGAGUAUGUCUGUUCUUUUUUGUAAAUAUGGGACAUUCCUGAUUGAUUUGGGUGUUUUGUUUUGUUUUUUUUGAGAUGGAGUCUCGCUCUUGUCACCUGAGCUGGAGUGCAGUGGCGCCAUCUCGGCUCACUGCAACCUCUGUUUCCUGGGUUCAUGCGAUUCUCCUGCCUUAGCCUCCUGAGUAGCUAGGAUUAUAGGCACCCGCCACCACGCCUGGCUAAUUUUUGUACUUUUAGUGGAGACAGGGUUUCGCCAUGUUGGCCAGGCUGGUUUCAAACUCCUGACCUCAGGUGAUCCGCCCACCUCAGCCUCCCAAAAUGCUGGGAUUACAGGCGUGUGAGCCACCGUGCCUGGCUGAUUCGGCAUUUUUCAUCAGGCAGGACCAGGUGGCACUUCCACCUCUAACCUCUGGUCCUACCAGUGGAUUCAUGGAGUAGCCUAGAAUGUUUCAUAGUUUUCUAAAUAUACAAACUCUUAUAAGCUAGACUUAAAUUCAUUAACUCAAAUUCAAUACUUCUAUCACACUCAGUUUUUUGUAACUAAUAGCUUUUUUUUUUAAAUUUUUAUUCUAUUCCUCCCCUAAUAGCUUUUAAAAAAUUAUCUCCAGUAGAGAAACAUUUGGAAAAGACAGAAAACUAAAAAGGAAGAAAAAAUAUCCCUAUUAGAUACACUUCUUAAACACAGCCACAUUAACAGUUUGAACUGUUUCCUUUCAGCCUUUUUAGGGCAUAUAUUGGUUGAUUUUUACAUAGUUGAGAUUGUACUGUUUAUACAGUUUUAUACCCUACUUUUUCAUUUAACUUUGUAACUUAACUAUUUCUCUAUGUUAUUAUAAGCUUUUCACAAACAUUAGUGUAGUCUUCCUUUUAUAAUUAAUGUUUGGGGGUAUUUCUUGGCAUCUUUAAUUUUCCUUAUCCUAGCCUUUGGGCACAAU